AUGCAGGCAGCUUUUCUCUUUACGGUGGUGGGCACAACUGGGUUUUUGGGUGUUCUGGCUGGUCAGCUGCCUGGAGAUUGGGGCUUUUUUGUGCCAUACUUGAUCGGAAGUAUCUCCUUAGUAGUCCUUGCUGUAGGGAGUAUUUCCCCAGGGCUGCUUCAAGCUGCAAUCGGUGGAUUUUCCUCAUUUUUUCCGGAUUAUCAGGAGAGAAUUGCCGGACAUGAAGCUGCUCAUUUUUUAGUUGCUUACUUGCUCGGACUUCCUAUACUCGGUUAUUCAUUGGAUAUUGGAAAGGAACACGUCAAUCUCAUCGAUCAACGGCUUGAAAAGCUCAUUUACAGUGGACAGCUUGAUGCCAAGGAGCUCGACAGGUUGGCAGUUGUAGCAAUGGCUGGACUGGCCGCGGAAGGCUUACAAUAUGAUAAAGUUGUUGGUCAAUCGGCCGAUCUUUUUACUCUCCAGAGAUUCAUAAACAGAAGUAAGCCACAGCUUAGCAAAGACCAGCAGCAAAACCUUACAAGAUGGGCUGUGCUACUUGCCGCAUCGUUAAUAAAGAACAAUAGGGCGCUUCACGAGGCACUCAUGUCAGCAAUGUCAAAGAAGGCUUCUGUGGUUGAAUGCAUAGAGGCAAUAGAGAAGGCUGAGUAA